AACACCCAGGGCCAGACUGCCGAGGACGCCAACCCGGACAGCUUUUAAGGGAACACACGGGGCGCCGGAACUAGGCACUGCGCCGCCAGAGGGUAAAGAAAACCAGCUGGCAUCAUGUGUGACGACGAUGAGACCACCGCCCUUGUGUGCGACAACGGCUCCGGUCUGGUGAAGGCUGGCUUCGCUGGAGACGACGCUCCUCGUGCUGUGUUCCCCUCCAUCGUGGGCCGCCCACGCCACCAGGGCGUCAUGGUGGGCAUGGGUCAGAAAGACUCCUACGUGGGAGACGAGGCCCAGAGCAAGAGGGGUAUCCUGACCCUGAAGUACCCCAUCGAGCAUGGCAUCAUCACCAACUGGGACGACAUGGAGAAGAUCUGGCACCACACCUUCUACAACGAGCUGCGUGUGGCCCCCGAGGAGCACCCCACCCUGCUCACCGAGGCCCCCCUCAACCCCAAGGCCAACCGGGAGAAGAUGACCCAGAUCAUGUUCGAGACCUUCAACGUCCCUGCCAUGUACGUGGCCAUCCAGGCCGUGCUAUCCCUCUAUGCCUCCGGCCGUACCACAGGUAUUGUCCUCGACUCUGGCGACGGCGUAACCCACAAUGUGCCCAUCUACGAGGGCUACGCCCUCCCUCACGCCAUUAUGCGUCUGGACCUGGCCGGCCGCGACCUGACCGACUACCUGAUGAAGAUCCUGACCGAGCGUGGCUACUCCUUUGUGACCACAGCUGAGCGAGAGAUCGUGCGCGACAUCAAGGAGAAGCUCUGCUACGUGGCCUUGGACUUUGAGAACGAGAUGGCCACCGCCGCCUCCUCCUCCUCGCUGGAGAAGAGCUACGAGCUGCCAGACGGCCAGGUCAUCACCAUUGGAAAUGAGCGAUUCCGCUGCCCCGAGACCCUCUUCCAGCCUUCUUUCAUUGGCAUGGAGUCCGCGGGCAUCCACGAGACCACCUACAACAGCAUUAUGAAGUGUGACAUCGACAUCCGCAAGGACCUGUACGCCAACAACGUUCUCUCCGGCGGUACCACCAUGUACCCUGGUAUUGCUGACCGCAUGCAGAAGGAGAUCACCGCCCUCGCCCCGAGCACCAUGAAGAUCAAGAUCAUCGCUCCUCCUGAGCGUAAGUACUCGGUCUGGAUCGGCGGGUCCAUCCUGGCCUCUCUGUCCACCUUCCAGCAGAUGUGGAUCAGUAAGCAGGAGUACGACGAGGCCGGCCCCUCCAUCGUCCACAGGAAAUGCUUCUAAGAAACCAAACUCUUCCCUCCUUAUGUUUCCGUUGCCAUGGCAGCCGGCUCAAAAAAGAAAGGAAAAAAAACCUCGACGUUACCUUUGCCUGUGGCUGCUGAUGUGAAGACAGACAGACAGCCUUCCUUUACGUUUGACGAUGUACAGUUUGUUGUAUUGACUUUGUUGUCGUUCUCUGGAUUGCGACGUUCGUUAUUUAUACGUGGAUAUUUAUCGGUUUAUAAAAUAAACGAGAACCGGGAA